GUCCACUACCAGCUCCGUCCACUCCUCGCCGGGAAACCAUGGCUGGAAUUUUGAACCUCACUCCCACUCCAAUUUUCCGGCCAGUUUCGGCUCGCAGAACAACGAAUGACAGAGUGUUUUUCGUGAAGUCAUCAGCUAAUGCUUCCGAAGCCCCUUUAACUUCGAUAUCGGCGCCGCCCAACUUCAAGGCUCCGAAGCCGAAGCCCUUUUCGGUCCGACCCGAUAAGAUUUUCGACAUCUUGGGGGCUUCGCUUGCCUUGCUUUUUCGCCUUACCACCAGUGUCCUUGUCUCUGGGUACUCUGUGACUUUUGUGCCUGCGAAUGAGAUUCCAUCUGACCAGUAUGCUCUAGGAUUUGCUGGUCUUAAGUUGAAAGAGACUUCAAAGUUAGGUCCUCGCCCUGAGAAGCCAAUUGAGAUUUAUGAGUUCGAAAGCUGCCCAUUCUGUCGGAAGGUUCGGGAAAUUGUUGCAGUAUUGGAUCUUGAUGUGUUGUAUUAUCCUUGUCCAAGGAAUGGACCGAAUUUUCGUCCAAAGGUUUCUCAAAUGGGUGGAAAACAGCAGUUCCCUUACAUGGUGGAUCCUAACACAGGAGUUUCUAUGUAUGAAUCAGAUGACAUAAUUAAAUACUUGGUUGGGAAAUAUGGUGAUGGCAAUGUACCGCUUCUACUGUCUCUUGGUCUGUUAACUACUUUGACAGAGGGCUUUGCCAUGAUUGGUCGAAUGGGGAAGGGCUCUUCAUACACUCCAUCAAAACUGCCGCCUAAGCCUCUUGAGAUUUGGGCAUAUGAGGCUUCACCAUUUUGUAAAGUUGUACGUGAAGUACUUGUGGAGUUAGAGCUGCCUCACAUACUUCACAGUUGUGCGCGUGGCAGCCCAAAACGACAAAUACUUUAUCAGAGGGUCGGCCAUUUUCAGGUUCCUUAUUUAGAAGAUCCAAACACUGGAGUCCAAAUGUUCGAGAGUGCAGAAAUAGUUGACUACCUAAGAGCAACUUACGCACUUUGACAGUUGAGGAUUUUUUGACAACUAUCUCUAUGUUGUUCAUAGAAAACUGCUUUAAUAUGUGUCUAGAGUUUUUCUAAAAAAAUUGUGGUGUAAACAGUUUUUAGCACAAGUAAGAUAGUUCAAAGGAAAUAAACAGUGUAUAAAUAUAUGCUUAGGGAAGAACGAACACAAACAAAAAGGGGGAAUUAAGUUUGGUUUCACUUAACUAAUCAGACAUUCAGUAUAAAAAAAAAAACUUGCCUUGUUGAA